AUGAGCCGCGAGAAAAUGCAGCAGAGCUCAGAGCAACGUUCCUUCAAUGUGAUAGAUGCGAACGAGGAGGAAGAUGUUAAUAGAGUUUCCAUGUAUUCUCCUGAUCCAUCUCCAAUCAACUCUCCCAACGUAUCCAGCAUUCCAACUACUCACUUUGUUCCAGUUACAGUCUUUUUAGAGCUUGAGAGUGUUAGCCAGUUUCUCAUUGCUGUUACUAUCAACAAAAAUAUGGUUAUCACAGGUGUUAAACGAGAAUUAAUGGCAUGUUUCAUGCCUGGAGAUCACGUCUCUGGUAUCAAUGAAAUCUCAAUUUGGAAUCGAACUCAACUAGACAAGAAUUGGGUUCGAGCUAAAACUGCAAUCAGUUUCGGCCUACUUGUUGGAGAUCAACUGUUAGGAAUCAAUGAUGAGUUGUUGGUUGGAAACCGAACAAAGGACUUGUACACACAGGCCAAAACCCUAAUGCGUAAAGCUAGAAAACUCGAAUUCAUCGAAAUGAUAGCAUGCCGUCCAAUAUUAGUCCGUAGCUCUCCAGCUCCAAGUGUCGAUGGAGAACUGGCAAUGAAAGCUGCUGCGAAAACAGUAACAUCCACUAACCCAGAAGCUAAGCAAGAGAAAAAAGUCCUCGAAAACUUAUCAUCACUUCCCUUGGAAGCCGAUGCUUUAGAAAUUUCACUUCGCGAACUCACUUUGCUUCAACAGUGGAUCAAAACCGAUUCUCCAUUGCCAACUUGUGAAAAAGGUAAUUCCCUACUCCGCAACGUGCAGUAUCCAGGAGAUCAAACAUCAUGUACAAAUGAGAGAUCAGAAUAUUCUGGAAGAUUCAGUAGUACUACUCCCGAUACACCAAGAAAGCGAGGAAUUCUGUUUAGAAAACGGAAUCAAAAAACUAUUAGAGCAACCGGAAACGUCCAAAGUGACAUCUGA